CGAUCAGCAUGGAGGGAAUCAUGUGCUGGCCAAAUACUUAAAGACAAAAACAACUCACUGAAGCAAAAAGGGGAUUAGCAAAGGCGGGUGGGGAAGAGAAGGAGCCCACCCCUAUGCUUGGUUAGCAUACUGGAGAUUAGGAAGCAGUCAGAAACACAAAACAAUCAGUAAUUGUUACAUCAGUGGAAGAACAACUCAGAGGUACAGGAGACAUUGAGCAGGAAAGGAUCUAAGGAGUGAAAGCUUAUUUUUAUUCAUGUACUUGAUUUCCAUUAGAGGAGAAAACAAGGUAAGAAGUUUGGGGUGCAUUCCUGCAGGCCUUUUUUUCUCCAGAAUUUCCCAGCUUUUUGACUAAACCAGAAUGGCAAGGAGAGGACAUCUCUUUUGGAUGCUUUGGCCACUGCUUCUCCUUCACCAGAGUGAUGCACAGUUCCCACGGGAAUGUGCUACCCUGGAUGCAUUGAGAAGUGGUGAAUGCUGUCCAGAUCUGAGUCUGGGACCAGAGCCGGGGACGGACAGCUGUGGUUCAUCCACUGGGCGGGGCAGAUGUGAUGCAGUUACUGCUGAUUCCAGACCCCAUGGGCCCCAGUACCCGCAUGAUGGCAGAGAUGAUCGAGAAGCCUGGCCCACUAGGUUCUUCAACAGGACCUGCCACUGCAAUGGUAAUUUCUCAGGAUACAACUGUGGGACAUGCAAACCUGGAUGGAGAGGAUCAACAUGUGACCAAAGGGUCAUUACAGUUAGGAGAAACCUUCUAGAUCUAAGUACAGAGGAAAGAAAUCGUUUUAUCCAAGCCCUCGACAUGGCAAAGCGUACUAUUCAUCCCCAUUUGGUCAUAGCUACCAGGAGAUCAGAAGAACUACUGGGAACAGAUGGCAAUACACCACAAUUUGAGAAUAUUUCCAUUUACAACUAUUUUGUGUGGGCCCACUAUUACUCAGUCAAAAAAACGUUCCUUGGGGAAGGGCAGGAGAGCUUUGGGGCUGUGGAUUUUUCUCAUGAAGGCCCAGCAUUUCUCACCUGGCAUAGGUACCACCUACUGCAGCUGGAGAAAGACAUGCAGGAGAUGCUGCAAGAUCCCACUUUUGCCCUUCCAUACUGGAAUUUUGCUACUGGAGGAAAUACCUGUGAUAUCUGCACAGACAACUUGAUGGGCUCAAGAAGUAACUUUGAUUUUUCUCUAAUAAGUCCAAAUUCUGUCUUUUCACAAUGGCGAGUUUUGUGCGAAUCUGUGGAAGAUUAUGAUACUUUGGGAACCAUUUGUAACAGCACAGAAGGAGGACCUAUUCGCAGAAACCCUGCUGGAAAUGUAGCCAGGCCCAUGGUGCAACGUCUCCCUGAACCACAGGAUGUCGCUCAGUGCUUGGAAGUUGGUUUAUUUGAUACUCCUCCUUUUUAUUCCAAUUCAACAAAUAGUUUCAGAAACACAGUGGAAGGUUACAGUGAUCCUACAGGGAGAUAUGAUCCUGCAGUUCGAAGUCUUCAUAAUUUGGCUCAUCUGUUUUUGAAUGGAACAGGAGGACAGACCCAUUUGUCUCCCAAUGAUCCUAUUUUUGUUCUUCUACAUACUUUCACCGAUGCAGUUUUUGAUGAAUGGCUAAGGAGAUAUAAUCCUGAUAUAUCAAUAUUUCCAUUGGAGAAUGCCCCUAUUGGACACAACAGGCAAUAUAAUAUGGUGCCAUUCUGGCCUCCAGUUACCAAUACUGAAAUGUUUGUUACUGCUCCAGACAAUCUGGGAUAUGCUUAUGAAGUUCAAUGGCCAAGACGAGCUUUCAAUGUUACUGAAAUAAUCACUAUGACAGUAGUAGCUGCCCUAAUACUGGUGGCAAUUGUCUUUGUUGUCACCACUUGUCUUAUCCGGGCCAGAAGAAACAAAGAUGAAUCCAAUCAACCUCUCCUCAGUGAUCAAUAUCAACGUUAUGCAGAAGAAUAUGAAAAACUGUCAAAUCCUAGUCAGUCCAUGGUAUGACGAAGAGACAAUAGAAUACAGUACUCCAGUCUUCUACAUCAAGAGUCCAUAACCUUGUCUGUUUCAAAUGAUCAAUUAAGUCAAUAAUAUUUUUCACUGCUUUUUUAUAUAGGAAUGUGAUGACUGAGUCCAUCCAUCACAAGCAAUUAUCUUCAUUAAGAAAGAGUCAUUGGAAAACUCAGGGAAGUGUUCUGUUUAUAAAUCAAGGAGCCUGGAACAGAUCACCCUUGAAGGUCUUUUGGCUCUGGGCUCUCUAGAAAACAAGGUAGUGGCAUGAGUGCUAAACUUGGAGUCAGUUGGAAGUCUGGGCUUAUCAUUCCUUAGAAACAUAUGUGACCAUAAACAAAGGGGCAACCACUCUCAAUCUUAUUCUCUUCACUGAAAAAAAGGGUGGAAAUAAUGCCUUUAGUACCUACCUCACAUGGUAGUUGUGAGGCUCAAAUGAGAUGAUAUAUAUAUAUGUAAAGUCCUAUAUAAAAUAUUAUAUAAAUGUUAUUAUUAGGCAUAUAAAAUAACAUUAUGUAUAUAUAUAUUUCCUUAUUUGAGUAAUAUCUUCUUACAGAAUCAAUGAGAUUACCCAACAAUUAGAGUAUGACAUGGCAAAAUAUGACCAUGUGUUGUUAAAUUAGAUAGCCUCUUGGCCCAUACUUAUGGUUAUCAGUAUACAAAUAUAUUAACUAAGUUCAAAUCUCUACUGAGUAUGAAUUUCUACAACACUAAUAGGAUACCACAAUUUGUUAAUAGGAGUUAAUAGAUCGAAGGCAGAAGACCUGAGCCUAAUAAUAACAAUAGACAGCCAUGCUUAAAGCUCAUUGAAAAGUAUAAAUAGGCGCAAAAUGAAUGUGCUUAUUCAUUUGAUUUUUCUACUGUGAUUUUAGCUUGAGUAUAAUCUUAACGCUGCCAUGUACUUAUAUAAAAUGAUGGCACUUAACAUUGAUUGCAACCAAAAUGAUUUUUAGCCAUCAGUGCCACUAAUGAGAGUAUAUAUAUGAAACUCUUCUUUGAUGUGCAGUAUCAGUCAGUAUCACCUAAGACUGUCACUAUUUGCAACUAGGCUUCCUUGCUUUAUAUGCUCCCUCCAAAGUGGCAUACACCUCUAAAAGACGCACAUCAUUUACUUCACCUGCUUGGUGAAACAGAUCUCUAGUAGUUCCCAUAUGUGCCAAUCACACCUCCAUGUUAUUCAACUAUUAUUAGUUCCUACACUUUCAUCUGAGCUUCCUCUUGAAUGAUCCAUUUGUAUGUUUUUGAAAUAAUAAAUGGUUUAAUCCUG